AUGGGAUCCACCCUCUCCAGCUUAAUCGGCGACGGCCAUGGAAUCAACCAACGGCGAGUCAUCUGGACCUUCGCUCGUCCAGUCCUUCCACUCGUCUCCACGGUGGCGGCUCCAUUACGAGUCCACCAAGCAAUUGAUGUGGGCCGCAACUCGCUUUCGACCGCAACUCGGCAACUGGUCAUCAUCAAUUCAGGCAUAAAUUUGCUGUUAGCGAAGGCUAACUCGUAUAUCGAUGGUGGUGGGUUUCUCGGCCACAUGGUGUGGACCGUGCAAGAUGAUGGAACUGCCGCCAUUCCCACUGCGCUCAACCACGUCACUAACCUGAUCAACGGCAUCGCGAAAGGUAGACGCUACGCCUCCGUCUCCGGUGGAGGAAAGACUAUCGAGAUCUGUAACUUCCUUGGGGAGAAGAGGUACAUGCAGAGAAAGAUGAGCACCAGGGGUGUAUGA